AUGUGCUCAUCUUUAUCUGAAGAGGCACGUCUGGAGCUGCAAGAGAUGUGUGAUGAAAGUGGUCCUGCAAUCGACGCCGCCAUAAAUGAAGCAAUAUCCGAUGAACAACUCAACUUGGCCAUCGAUAUCAUAAUAGAUAUGGACGCUUCGGUGCCAAGCUCAUCCAAGGCGGCUAAGAGAAAAAUUCUACAGGAUGAUGAUGAUGAUGAUUUCCAAAAUCCACCGCCAUCUCACGAAGCUCCAGCACUUCCUUCCAGAAGCAAAAAUAUGCAUCUGGCAAGGAAGAAUAUAAGGCCUUCUUCAUCCGUCCGAUCGCUGUCGCCGACGCUCUCCACCUCUUCGUCAUCCACCACCUCUGACGAUUCCGAGGAUUGGUUGGAAAUUAUAAAUGAAGAGUUACAGCUGAGGGCGGAAUUCCGUCAGCGAGUGGACGGAAAAAUGAACAAUGGAAAGAAGAUUAAAAGCAGUGAAGACCUCAUAUUCCGCAUCAAGGGGGAAAAGAAGUCACUGAGGGUUCACAGAGAGACCCUCAGGGAACAGAUCCGGCUCCUUGAUGCGCAGGAAGGAGAGGUCUGCCAAUGAGACGAAGAGAAAAUAUGAG